AUUUACUCAUAAAACCUUGCAUUCAUUUUACAAUCCACAAUCAGAAAUGGCGACUGAAAGUGAGCUUUACCCCCCUCCUCCUUACAAUGUCGACCACCGAGAACAACCUCAAGGUUACGGGUUUCAUCCGUACUACACCCAACAGCCACCGUACAACCCACACCCACCGUACAACCAACAACCACAGUACAACCAACAUCAACACCCAACAAACAUGCACCCCUACGGACAACAAACAACCACUGUCGAGAUUUCGGUGCUGCCGAAGGACUACUAUGGCCUGUCCAUUUUCACUCUCAUCUGUUGCUGUCUGCCUGUCGGCGUCGCCGCUUUGAUCUUUUCUUACGAGGUACAGAGCGCGAACGCCAUCGGAGACGUUCCCCGGGCCCUGAAGGCGUCCAACCGCGCCAAGAUACUGAACUACGUGGCGCUCGUGCUGGGCGCUUUCUGCUGGAUGCUGGUAUCCAACCAUUAAAUCUGACUCACAUCAAAACAAUCGAGGAAGUUUAUAAGUCCCAGAACUUUCGUGGUGAACCUCAUUGGACAUACAUAGAAGAAAAGAGCUAAAUGAGUAAUGUUAAGGUAGUAUUGUUGACGUAGGUUUAAAAAGCUGCUGAAAAAGACUUCAAAUUAGGGCUUACGCAUCAUGCAUUGCCAUAGACGAUAUAUACAUUUAUUUCUUCUAUAAAGUGAUUGAAAGUGCCAUUAGCAUCAUUAAAAACACUAUUGUAAACAACUACUGUCAGAACUAUAAUAGAAAACUACAUUAAAUGAUUACAGUAAACAAUUACAGUAAAUAGAGUAAACAAUAACAGAACAAGCAUAGUAAACAAUUACAGUAAACAAUUAAACAACUAUAGAAAACUACUACAAUAAAAAUUACAGUAAACAGCUACAACUACAUUUGUAUUAGCUCAUUAUGAGGUGCCUACUUUGAUUC